UGGGACCUAUAACAGGAAGCCUGCCUUCCUGCCUUCCUUCUUGGCCUUCUCUUCUACCAACUUCAGGUAGCCUGAAGAAGCCUAAUUGAAGGCAAGAGGAAAUAUGGCCUCCGGGAAUGGAGACUUAAUCUCCUUGCAUGGAAAACUUGUCAACUGGAAAGAAAUUCUUAAGAAUGGGCAGAAACCUGAGCAUGAAUCUGUAACAACCCCAAGAUCCUCAACAAUCCCAACAUCCUCAACAUCCCCAAAGAAGGUGUUCCCUGUGUCUGUGGGGCAACCUCUCAAGAUAGUGUGCCCAAUAGGCAGUUUGGUAUUCUUGGAUCUUUGGAGGCUUGCUCCCAAGGGUUAUAGGGCCUUUGAAGCACAAAAUUCCGAUGGGCUCACCAUUAACGUGUCAAGUACAAAAUUGGACUCUAAAUCCCGUAGCAUUCCCAGCAGAUGGUACCUGAAGUCUUCAUCGCACAUGGCUCUUUCAGCAGUGGCGCCCAGCACUAACAUGUUUUCAGACUGGGUGAAAAUUACCUACUUUAAACGUAAGGAACAAUAUUCCAACUGUGUGACUCUGGUAAAAAUCACCUGUGUCUCUGUCUCUCUAAUAGCCGACACAUACCUGUAUAAAAGACAGUAUUCGAAGGACUCUGAGAAGCAUAAGCAAGGUGAGCCCAGCUGGCAGGGACCCGUCAUGCUCGUGAACUGUUCAUGCAGGAAUGAAUACCCACCUGUGGAAGAGGAUUGUGAUGAAUGCCAAGGAGAUGUACAUCACAUGCCAAAAAUGACCUUGAAGACACAGUGUCCAUUUGGCUUUUUUGACAAUCAUGAAAUAAUUAUUAGUUGCUCUCACCCAAGCAGGGUGAAACUCUAUGGAAUUGAACGACCUUCCAUGAGGGGCACUCGCUUCAGUAUUAUCAUGGGGCCAAACAGACCUCAUUACAGGUUCAAAUAUCUGAGAAACCAAGAAUGUCGAGCACUCUAUGUAGAGGCACUCUCUUUCCCAGAUGCCGACUUCCCUGGGCUGGUUACUUUCACAGUCUCUCUUCUGAGUAAUGCUGAGAAUAACUCUGAUCCUCUGAUUUGUAAGCAAAGAGUGGUUUACCGUGUGGCACCGUGGUUCAUGAUUCCCAACACCCAACGACCUGUGGAGAUAUAUAUACCCUGCAAUAUGAAGAGUCAGCCCUUGCCUCCAUGGAAAUUCUACAGGGAAAAUGAACGUUCGAAGCAGGUCAGGUGGUUGAUAAACCCAAUGCAGCCAAAGCCAAGAAUAAGAUGGAAUCUUAUCUCAAACUUCAUGAAUACCAUUCUCGACUUCUCUAAAAAAGCUAAAUGCAAGCCUAUUUUCUUCCCCAGAGACAAACACCGUCUAGCAACGUGGAUUGGGAAUGAGGUGGUGUUCGGGUACACCCAGAGUCCCUUUCGAGGUUUCCCUGUUUUCCUUGACUUCCCCUGGAAGAAGAGACUUACUAACUUUGUGUUAAAAAACAGUCUGCCAUCCUUCACUGGUUACAUAAUCCAUGAACGUGGAGAUGAUAAUGAAUUGGACGCCACUGGGUUCCUGGUAGUCAGCCCACCAGUCACUGCCCAUGGAAUCUUUUAUCCCUUGGGCAGGAUUCUCAUUGGCACUGGCAGUUUGCCCAGGGAAAACGUGCCAAGAGUGAACCAAAGGCUGCUGAGAUUCAUCCAAGCCCAGAAAGUACAACAUCCCCUAGAACUCUUCUCUGAAUGGCUGCUGGAGGGCAACGUGAAAGACUUCCUGACCUUUGUCCCUGCCAAGGACAGAAAGGGCUUCCGGCUACUCCUGGCUAGUCCCAGUGCAUGCUAUGAGCUGUUCAGAAGGGAGCAGAGCCUCGGGCAUGGAAAUACUUCUCUGUUAGAGGGAGUGGACCCAACUGUGCUCUCUUAUUCUGAAAGGCAUAAGAUGACCAUCGAUGAGAUCUUGGCUAACAAGUCCUUGUGGAAGCAGAACGACUAUGUAGAGACUUGCAUCUCGUGGAACCGAAGGGUGCUGAAGAAAGAACUGGGUCUUUCAGAGAGAGACAUCAUUGAUAUUCCCCAGCUGUUCCAUCUGGGCUGGAUCCAGGAUCCCUCAAGUCGACAGGAAGUGCUCCGGGCAGGCCAUUUCUUCCCAAACAUGCUGAAUAUGAUCGUUUUGGGCACCUACCUUGGGAUCCCCAAGCCCUUUGGGCCCAUAAUCAAUGGAGUCUGCUGCGUGGAGAAAAGAGUCCAGAACCUCCUAGAGCCCCUGGGCCUGCGCUGUCAUUUCUUGGGGGAAUUCUUUGGUCAUCAAGAAGAAUGGCGGGAUGCUUACUACUGGUUCAACAUUCUCCGAGAGCCGCUGCCCUUCAAGUGGUGGAACUGCGUGGUAUGAAGAGGCUCCUUCCUGCUGUCUCGUCAGCCCUAUUUGAUGCCCUCUCAGGGGAUGGGGAGGACAGAGCGCUCUUCGCUGCCCUAUCAGCCACCAGUUCUUCUAGAUGAAAAUCCUCUGAUCGUGUCCAAGGGCUGAGUCUCUUAGGAUCAGGGACUGAAAGCUCUCCUGCUUUGGGAGGCCUCUUCCCCUUCUGCUCUCCUCUGUCCUAGGAGAUGUGACGUAGGGCUUAGACCUUGGCCGAGACUCGAACCCAUACCCAAUAAAGCUCCUACUUCAUUGA